AUGGCUGCCUUCAUCCCGGGGCAGCCCACUGCCGCGUCCGCCAUCGCAGAACACCUGUCGACCCCGCCAACCCUGUCCCGCAUUCCUCUGCUCCGACAGCGCAUCCUCAAGGAGCGCACCCAGCUCCAGCAGACCCUCGGCUCGCGCGCAAAGGACCAGGUCGACCUCGUCAAGCAGGGCCUCGCAGGCCUCCGCGACGCCAAAACCGCUGCAGAACAGCUCAAGGAGUCGCUCAGAGAAGUAGAGCACCUCGUCGCAGACCCGCGCGCCCACAUCCACGGCUUUGGCAAGCUCGUCGAGGUCUCGAUCGUCCACCGUCGCCUCACCCAGACGCUCGAGAUCGUCAACUCGCUGCGGUCCAUGUACUCGCGCCUGUCGCACCUCUCGGACCUCCUCUCGGCCGACCGCGCCGACCCUCUCGGUCCCUCGCCCAACCUCCUCCCGAUCCACUACCACCUCACCGAGCUCGAAACCUUUCGCAACGAGACGCUCGCCCAGGCCAAAAAGUCGGGCGCGUCGUGGGGCUCGACCUCGAACGCGCUCGCGGCCGCCGCCGCGUCGUCGACCGCCUCGCCCGACCCGGACGCGCCCGCCGCCCACCAGCUCGCGAGCCUCGCGAGCACGCGCGAGACGCUCGAGCGCUACUUUGAGCGCCUCGGCGAGACGAUCGAGGCGUUCGAGGCCCACUUUUUCCGCCUCGCGCGCGAGCUGCUCGCCCUCGCGCGCGCCGGCAACAGCGGCGUCGCCGUCCGCCUGUGCAAGGUCGCCGAGGUCGAGGGCGCGCGCGACCAACGCGCGAUCGCGAUCCGCAUGGUCAAGAAGGCCGGCAACGUCGACGUCGCGGCCCGGUUCCGCUCGCUCCAGGCCGACGCCCGCACGCUCAAGCACUACCGCGCCCGCGUCCUCGACGCCAUCCGCGAGGGCUGCCGCACCGACGUCGAGAAGAGCUAUCGCCGCGCCGGCGAGGACGGCGUGCGCUGGAUCGAUGAGCUCGAGUGGGUCUUUGACGACAUCGUCACCGUGCGCGACCUCCUCGUCGACAAGUUUCCCGCCGACUGGAAGAUCGAGCAGGUCUACGUCAAGGGCUACCACAAGGCGCUGUACGACUUUGUCGCGACGCUCGUCAAGAACGAGCCCGACCCGGCGACGCUCCUUCGCCUGUCGCAGUUCACCAAGGAGUACACCAAGACGAUGACCAAGGACCUCGGCGUCGACCCGGCGUGGCUCGAGCCGCCGCUCCUCGACGGCAACGAGGGCGCCCUCCUCGACGACUACCUCGGCGUCAUCACGAAAAAGAUGGACGAGUGGACCGCCAACCUGUUCAAGGGCGAGUCGCGCGACUUCCUCGAGCGCGCCGAGCCGCCCGAGACGGACCCGGACGGCUACUACGGCAUGCAGGGCGCCGUCAUCCUGUUCCAGAUGCUCAACCAGCAGGUCGACCUCGCGCUCGACUCGAACCAGGCCGCCGUCCUGUCGCGCGUCGUCGACGAGGCCAACCGGGUCAUGCGCGGCGUCCAGCGGCGGUGGAUCCAGCUCGUCGACGGCGAGUACCGGCGCCGGAUCGCGGGCGACGACGCGCUCGUGCCGGGCCUCGACGAGUACGUCAUGGCGCUCGCCAACGACCAGAUCAAGUGCGCCGACUUUACCGAGGCGAUGAGCAACCGCCUCGAGCCGCUCGUGAGCACCAAGUACAAGCAGGCCAUCGUCGACAAGCUCAGCGACGCCAUGGACGGCUUCCUCGACGUCGCCAAGCGCUGCGUCCAGGUCCUGAUCGACGUCGUCUUCCACGACCUCAAGCCGGCGACCAAGGUCCUCCUCUCGCCCGCGUGGCACACGGCCGAGGUCAACCCGAUGCGCCAGAUUGUCGAGACGCUCCAGGACUACAUGGACGACUACCAGGUGCACCUCAACCCGAACCUGUUCGACCUCCUCGUCGAGGACCUCGUCGACACGUUCCUCAUCACGUACCUCGUCGCCGUCCGCCGCACGUCCAAGCUGCGCAUGCCCAUGGCCGUCGAGCGCAUGCGCGCCGACCUCGACCUCGCGUUCGACUUCUUCCUCGCGUACAAGCCCAAGACCGAGCUCGUCGCCUACUUUGACGUCCUCGAGAGCGUCCUCACCCUCAUCAGCGCGAGCAAGAUGAUGGUCUUCCUCGACUACUGGCCCUUCCGCAAGAAGUACGGCGCCAACCUCGCCUUUACCGAGGCGCUCAUGAAGGCGCGCGACGACCUCGACCGCUCGGCCGUGAGCGACAUCAUGGACUCGGUCAAGCGCAAGGUGCAGAGCGAGCAGGUCGACGCGCCCGAGCAGCCGAGCAUCUUUGAUCGGUUGCCGGCCAAGUAG